AUGUGUGAUAACAAGUUUUUCAGCAAGAUGAAAACAAGAGCUAGUAUAGAAUCAAAUGGCUUGGAUAUCCUACAUGGAUAUCCAGAUUUCUCACUCAUUCAAAUUCAUGAAUUUUCAAGAAUAAUGUUAUGA